AUGUCUGUGGUCUCCAAGAACCCCUUCGAGCUCCUCGACGACGGAGAGGACCGCGCCACCUCGCCGGCCCCCAAGGCCGCCGCCAAGGCCGCUCCCACCGCCAAGCAGCCCAAGGUCAUCCCCGGCGCUGCCCAGAAGGGCGGCCGUGGUGCCCGCCCCCCCACUGCCCCGCGCCAGACCUACGCCGCCGGUGGUGGUGAGGAAGGGUUCGAGGGCGAGCGUGUCGCUCCCUCCAAGAAGGACCACCAGGGUCGCGACCGCCACACCAAGGGUCCCCGUGAGGACCGCUCGCACACUGGCCCCCGCUCGCGUGCUCCCGGUGCUGCUGGUGCCCGUGGCCCCAAGGGCGGUGCUCGUGGUGGUCGUGCUGGUGCUCCCGGCGCCCCUGGUGCUGAGAAGAAGACCGGCCCCGCGCCAACUGAGAACUGGACCAACGAGGAGGGCAAGGCCGAGCUGAGCGCCGAGAACCAGGGCGAGAAGGACGUCGCCGACGACGGCGCCGAGACUCCCGCCGCCGCCGCCGCCGUUGAGGAGGCUGAGGCCGAGGACAACUCGAAGACUCUUGACCAGUACCUCGCCGAGCGGGCGACUGCCGCCCUCGGCGGCCAGCUCGCCAAGAAGGAGACGCGCCAGGUCGCCGACGACGUCGAGGGCAAGCAGUUUGAGCGUGAGGAGAUGGAGAACUUCUUCGUUGGCGGCAAGGGCCCCAAGGAGAAGAAGGAGCGUGCUCCCAAGAAGGAGAAGAUCCGCAUCGAGGUCGACGGCCAGUUCGCACAGCCUGCCCGUGCUCCCCGCGGGGACCGCCCGGAGCGUGGUGCUCCCCGUGGCGGCCGUGGUGGCAACCGUGGCCGUGGUGCUCCCCGGGGUGGUGCCGCCCGCGCUCCCCGCCAGGCGCCCGCCAACGUUGCUGACGAGAGCGCGUUCCCCGCCCUCGGCGCUUAA